AUGUCGGCCGGCGUGGCGGGCUUGGACUACUUCGCCGCCGAGUGCCUGGUGUCCAUGUCGGCGGGCGCCGUGCUGCACCGCCGCUCGCCGGAGACCGGGAGCGCGGGCGCGGACGCGGCUUGCGAGGUGGGUGCGGAGUGCGCUCCGCCGGCCCCAGAGCCCCCGGGACCCGCGGCAGCCCCCCAGCUCCCCCGGGGCCCCUCCUCGAGCCCGGGGCCGGCCCCCACCGUGCCCCACCUGCUGGCUGCCAACGUCCUGGCGGACUUGGGCAGUGGCUCUGGGGAGGGACUGGGGGAGGACUCGGGAGAUGCUCUGCCUGCUGCUCCUGGCUCUUCCGACCCAUUCCCUAGCUCCAGCCCGGCCCCGAACGCUGAACCGGACCCGGACCCGGACGAAGCCGCCAUCUCCGGGCCCGAGAGCGGCCCUGGCUCGCCUGCCGCUCCGAGUUCUCCUGCUGACCCUGGGGCGCCUGCAGACGCCCUGGGGGAGAGUGCAGGGGCCCCAGGGGCUGGCGGCGCUCCUGUCCCUGCGCCGGCGCCCCGGAGGCGGCCUGUGACUCCAGCCGCCAAGCGCCAUCAGUGCUCCCACCCGGGCUGCGACAAAGCCUAUUACAAGUCGUCGCACCUCAAGUCCCACGAGCGUACCCACACGGGCGAACGCCCGUUCUCCUGCGACUGGCUCGACUGCGACAAGAAGUUUACCCGUUCCGACGAGCUGGCCCGCCACUACAGAACGCACACGGGCGAGAAGCGCUUCUCCUGCCCUCUCUGCCCCAAGCAGUUCUCCCGGAGCGACCACCUGACCAAGCACGCCCGCCGCCACCCAACGUAUCAUCCUGACAUGAUCGAGUACAGGGGACGUCGUCGCAACCCCCGCGUGGUCCCACCACCACCCCCCAACUUGGCGGAAAGCUCCGACUCUGGCUCUGACCAGGCUCCCACUCUGACCUGUGCGUAG